CAUCAUCUCAAUCCUCAUUCCUCCUCACAAUCACAUCAUUCAUUCAUAACACCCUCUUCCUCCCCAAACCUUCACGCAACCAACCCAGUUUUUUCUUUAACGCAACCAAACAAAGCAUUCCCCAUCAUUCUUCACCACUUUCUGAAGCACUUUCCGUUUCAACUUCCCUUCCUUUCAACUCCAACAAGGAAAACCACAACAAUUCCUAACAAACCAAACAAAACAAAGCUUGUAAUAAAUCAUCCAUUUUCCUUCCCCACCUUUAUCCAAUUCCAUUCAUCCAAUUUUCCUUCCUCUCCAAUUAUUUCCACCGACACACUUUUUCUUUCAAUUUUCCCUCUGAAGAGAGAAAAAACAAUAACAUGAUGAGAGGACAACAACAACAGCAAGAUCAAAAUUCCAGGGUUUUCUGCGAGCUUUCAGCGCUCGUUUUCAACCUCCUCCGCUCUCAUCCUACGCCGGUGUCCUUCCCCGAUCGAGCUCCGAUCGUGCCGGUGCGUCCGUCGGAAUCUCCUCUAGCCAGGCGUUCGUCAACCGCGGGACAGAUUACGCCGGCGGGGUUUGCUGCUCUGCUUCUCGGGAUUUCGGUGUCUCUGAUGCUGUGUGGAUCGGUUACGUUCUUCCUUGGGUUCAUGCUCAUGCCGUGGGUUAUUGGAUUGGUGAUGGUGUUGUAUGUUGCUGGCGUCGUUACCUCCCUCUCCGUUAUCGGUCGCUCCAUUUUUUACCCGCGGAAGGAUUUUCCUGAGUGGAAACUUAUAUGAAGAGAUAAACAAAGGAAAUGAGCAGCAUGUUGCUGGUUUUGCGCCUGCUCGUGCAACCUAUAGAACAGCGAAAAACUUCUCUUGUUAGAAGCAUGAAUUGGGGACAACGGGCUUUUCUUUCAAGUUGCCAAAAUUUCUGGGUACGACUUCUUUGUUGAUUACAUAGAGCGAAGUAAGUUCUGAAAGCUCUUAGAAUUGAGUUGUUCCCAGCUUCUUUCUUCUGUUAUCAUUAUUCUAUUUUAUAUCUUUAUGAUAACACCUGUAAAUUUGAAUUAUAGGCAUUUGAAUUUCUUUUUUUCUUUUUUCCCCUUUCCAAACAUGUUAUGUAACUAUAUAUACUAUAGAAAGAAAGGGAAAAUAUGAUUUCCCUCAUUAGAACAGGGCUGUAAUGGAGAAGUAAAUUUUGGAUCAGAUGAUCACUCCUGACAAAGCAUCCAAAAUUCUUUAUUUUAUAUUACCUUACUGUUA